UUGUCAGUAAUGGAGGACUAGUUUAAACAGUUAAGAAUGAAGCUAAUGUGUCUGAUUUCGAAACCUCUAUUCAGGAAUUUGAGAUGGCAAUCAUACCUAUGAGGAAUAUAUGAUUAGUCCCAUCGAAGUUCGAAACUGUGGUAGGAUGCUCAUAAGGACAAGUUCUUGUAAUUUUCCAUUGUAAAAAAAAAAGGUGUAGGACCCAUUAGAAGCUGGCGUAUUGUGUAAUUAUUGGUGUGUGAUUUCUUAGGGCUAACCCACACUUGUAAAAGAUUUUGCAUGUGACUUAUAGUGUUCCCGUUUAUACUUGCAUAUUGGUCAUGUCAAGUGUGUCCAAUCUGUUUGUAUAAAUCACUCAAAGACAGCCCUUCACGAGAGUUCAUUGACUCUCUUUCCAUUAAUAAUUAAGUUAUUGAGUGAGUGGAGCUAACUCAUCAUAUUCUCAUACCUUAUUAUAUAGGCAAUCACAAGUAGAGCUUUCUCCAUUAAUGGGGGGAGCCUUUGCUUAGAAUUUAUGCCACUCACACACUUUCCCUACUACUCCAUUCACUUUCUCAAAUUUCUAGGAGAAUUUACCAUCACUCCUAUCAGUGUUCCCAAUAGAAGUAGUAAGAGAGGAGUCAGCUCUAAAAUGGGUGGGAAACCUAGCAAGCAUAGGAGGGGUUUGUGUGAGAAAAAUGGUAAAGGGUUGAAGAAGAAGAAGGUAAAGUUUAUCCAAGAGGAGAAGAGUAGUAGUAGUGAGGCUAAGUACCUAAGGGUGAAAGAGAGUCCAGCAGUGUAUGAGAAAGAAAUGAUGGCUUUUGCUUUCAAAAAGGCUGAGUGGAAGCAAGAGAAGAAGAAGCUGAAAGAAGAGGUGAAGAUGCUGAGGGCUUUGGUGGGUGAAAAGGAAGAUAAGAUUAGAGAUAUGGAAGAAGGUUUGGUUGUUGAUAAGUGUACUACUGUUGAGAAAGAGUGGUCCUUUUUGGGAGCUAACUUCUUGGUGGAUCAAAUGGAGCAGGAGAGAGCUAGGAGAGAUCAGACUGUUGAGAAAUGGAAGCAGCUCUACUUGGCCAUAAAGAUGGAGCUUGAUGAUCUCAUUCAGAGGACUCAUGAAGGUGGAUUGUAUUGGAGAGCAGAGGAGGAAGACAUGGCAGAAGAGCUUAAAAGAGAGCUGCAAGCCAAAGAAGAGACCAUAAAUGAGUUGAAAUCAAAGUUGGUUUCUAUGGAGCAAGAAAUGUACAAGAGGGACAGAGAGGUUGAUAUAUUGAGGCAAAGCCUGAGAAUCAUGACCAGCAAAAAAGUGGUGCAGAUAAACAAGAGUUUAACCAAGAAAACACUUGUCACACAAGGUGGGAAAUUGUAAUUUCCUAAUACAAAAUUGCUCAUGUUCUAAAGGGGAACAAACAAACAAACAAAAAGGAAGAAAUAACUGAGCAAAUUCACUAGUUCAAUGAAUAUGCAUGAAUAGAGAGAAAUGAAAGUAAUCUACAGAUGACUCCAAUAUGAUAUUUGGAGCUUGGUUGUACAUAGGCUAGGCAUUCUAUUAGCUUAGCUGUGACUAGGCCAGCCUAGAUUGAGUCCCUUGUUUCUUUUUUUUCUCAUUUUCAUUUUUAAUUUUGUUGGCUUAUGUUUUUUUUUUUUCAAUACAAGAAAGUAAUUUUCAAUGGUUCCAAA